AUGGGGUACUGUUGGGACGACUGGACCGAUGAAGAUGACAUGCGAGCCAUGUGGGUCCAGCCCGCCGUGCAGGGGCUCUGGGAAUGGAGGCGCGAACCGUCGGGGAAAGUUCCGUUCAAGAUGAGGAGGGUCCGCAACAAGAGCGUGCCUCACAUCGUGCUUGAAGGUAGAGAUAGGGGAGGGGGAGUGAGGGGUGCAGAAUGGCCGGGUGGCGCCUGUGGGGGCAUGGAGGGGGGGGAGGUGGAGUUGCUGGUGUGCGCAGUGGCGCGCUUAGAGAGCUCGUGGGAGCCCAUGGCGUACCAAUGCGAGGCGCACAAGAAAGAGGCCAGCACGGGGCGGGAAUCGGUGCUGCAGUCGACUGCGGAGUGGUUGGCCAAGGACAAGGGGUACCGCGCGUACACCAUUGAUUGGGCGUCCGUCAUGCUCUAUCCCCCGUUCAAGGGCAUCUACUAUGGCAUGGCAUACCUCGCAUGGCUCUCCAACUUCAAGGGCGUGUGGGGCAUGUACUAUGGCAUGGCGUCCCUCGCAUGGCUCUCCAACUUCAAGGGCGUGCGGCGCAGUGAGGAGUUUGUGGUGAGGGCGUACAACGGAGGGCCGGGGGGAGUGAAAAUCGCAGCCACAGCAGUCUAUGGAACAAGUACCUUAAGGCCAAAGAGGGGCGGCAAGUCGUUUGACGCGAUCGCAAUCGUGCUAGCAGUGCUGGCGGUGCUUCAUCGUGGAACGUUUGUGCGUUGUCGGUGCUGUGCUUGA